UCUGUUAAUGAUAAAACAGUUUCAAAGAUAAGACAGUGUUGCUGUAAAUUUAUUUAUUUUAUUUACAAAUCAAUUUUCUUAAUUUUUUCUAAAAUACUAUUACAAAAUGAAUAAUUUAGAUACAAGUUUGCAAGUGCAUUCUAAAUUGGAAAAGGAGACUUCCAAUUUAGUAUUGCUAAGAGAAAGGGUGGAUAAAUAUCAUGACUUGUCCAAUCAGAUGUCUGAUAUUCUAACAGUAUUUGAAAAUCGCUUAGGGAAACUGGAGCAAACCAUAUUACCAGUUUAUCAAGAAACGGAGCAAUUGCAAAAACGCCAACACAAUUUGGAAGCCACCCUCAAUUGCUUGGAAACUGUAUUGUCCCAUUAUGAUGUUUCUCAAGAAGUCUGCAAUCUUAUACAUCAAGGUCCCACCGAGGGUAAUGUUGGCGUAUUCACAGAAGCAUUGGACAGACUGCGCUCGGCUAUGGAAUAUUUUCUUCAUCACAAUUCCCAGAGCGUUGAAUUGGAAAAUGUAACUAGUCUGUUCAACACUGGCUGUGAGAGCUUAAACAAUCACUAUCGUUUGUUGCUAAAGAAAAAUGGUUCACCUUUAAAGCCAGUUGAUAUUUUGGAUCUCAUCUAUAAUGAAGAUGACUCAUCAAAUGACGAAUACACUUCUUUUAGACAGUUGACUCAAAGUACAAGGGAGGAACUGUUUACAAUUUCCCAUUGGCUGGAGCAGAAUUUAAGAUUUGAAUAUACCGUGAAUUAUGCCACCGAAAGGGGAGAAGUUGUAUUUCGUUCUUUGCAAAAUUUGAAAGAUCAUCAGAAGAGCAGUAGUUGGGGUAAUGAGGCAUUGAAAUCUCGUCAUUCUGGACGUCAGGAUACCAAAAAAAGUCCCUCCAUACGUUUACAGCAAAUAUUUGAACGUAAAGCAAAUAAAUUAUAUCUAAAAGCCACACAAACUUUGGAACAAUCAACUGGCAUUUCCAUAAAAAAAGCCACCUCUCAUUCGGAACAUUUAUCCUCAGAAGAAUAUGCUGAUGGUGACCAAGAACUAGAUAAAUAUUUAGUCAUGUUAUUGGGUCUACAGCGUCUUCUAAAUUGGGAACGUGCUCUUAUGCAAGAAAUCAUUCCGACUUCAAAACAAUCUGAUGUAUUUGCUAAAUUGGCUUAUAAAUCGAUUGAUAUGGUGGUUAAAGAUGCCGAAGCGAUAACAAAUCGCAUAAUGCGCAGCAUCUCGCGUAAAGAAUGGACUUCGGCUUUGGGUAUAUUUAAGACUUUGAAAAAUGUUUUACUACUACAACCAGAUAUCGAUCGGACUUAUGAUGUACAACAGCGAGAACAACUAACAAAGGUUUUAAAUAAAUUGCAAUACACGGGUGCCAAAGCUUUGGAACAUUUCUUGGAAGUUGUUAGAGGUGAUUCAACAAAUAUAGUGGGCAUGAGUUCUAGUACUUUGGGUUAUGUCAAUGUGCCAAAAGAUGCCACAGUGCACGAGUUAACAUCGAAUACAAUAUGGUUUAUAGAAAAUCUUUUAAAUCACUACGAUGUCAUUGGUGUAAUACUACAACCUGAUGUACUCUAUUCCACACAGCUGGAUACAAUACUUAUGAAAAAAUCAUUGACCGAGGAAGAGCGCAAUAAGGCCUUAUUGGCAAUUUACAUAAAAAAAGCUUUAGCAGAAUUAAAUCUCUCCAUAAUGAAUAAAUGUGAACAAUACAAUGAUCAAGCUACCAAACAUUUGUUCCGUUUAAAUAAUAUUAAUUACAUACUAAAUUCAUUGGUCACUUCAAACUUAAUUGAUAUUGUUACUAUUGCCGAACCCGAUUGUCGCAAUAGUUAUAUUGAAACUAUUAAAGAAUUAAAAUUUUCGUAUCAGAAAACCUGGUCAAAAAUGCUAUCGAAUAUUUCGCCUUUAGAUGAACUGCCCAAACCAAUACAGGGUAAAGUAAAAGAUAAAGAUCGCAGUAUUCUAAAGGAAAAGUUUUUGACUUUUAACAAAGACUUCGAAGAAGCUUGUAAAAUUCAAAGAGGUAUCUCAAUACCGGAUGUUACUUUGCGACAAGGUAUUAAGCGCGAUAAUGAGGAACAUAUUUUGCCCAAAUAUAAUGAAUUUUUCAAUGUGUAUGCUGGUGUCCAAUUUAGUAAAAAUCCUGAUAAGUAUAUUAAAUUUAAGCCUCACGAAAUUAAGGCUAACCUAAAUAAACUCUUCGACGAUUCCGCUUAAGUUAUAAUCACACAAAUUUAUUUAUUUCAUUUUUUUUUAAUUGAAUUAAAUUUAUAUUAUAAAGUUAGAUAUAAAAAAUGUCUUAUCGUAUAACAAUUAUUAAACUAAGCAAAUAAAUAAUUUCAUAAAUAUAUUAAAUAUGUAAAAAAAAAUAAUAAUAAUAAUCGUUCAUUUAGCAAUUUAAUGUUGUUGUUCAAUUUUCAACUAGACAACUGUGGACAACAAUGAUGAAAUAUUAUAUUUUCUUUAAUAUAAGAAAUUCGUUGAGGGUGCUUCUGGUCGACCGCAAGCACCAUAAUGUAAUAUCGCUAUUGUGUUAUUGCUAUGACAGUUUUCCAUAUCCAAAAAGCACUCAUUCGAAUAGGUCAUAUUGUCGGUACCACAAACCGGUUCAAAGUCGGGUGGACAUAUUUUGGCACAACCUUUAAAUUGCACAUUACUUAAACAUCUUUUUAGUGGCACAACGAAAACGUGUUUGCCACAAUUUUCCUUGCGCAUGUGACAUUCUGAUUUAUAGAAUUUAUUAUCCGAACCACACACAAAAUUGGGCGGUUGAGCAUCACAAUCGGUUUCACAGUCUGCUGUUAAAAGGCAGUUUUUCAAGGAUACUUGUACAACUCUUAAAUGACAAGUUCUACGUUUAAAUUCACAGUUGGAGGCAUAAGUGUUGCCGUCAGAACCACAUACGGGCCCUCCUUCAAUAUCUUGUUUGGUGCAACGUUCGCCACAGUCUUUGGGCGGUGAUUUUAAAUCGGUGCAGGGUCCAAUAUGGGCCAAAUUAACUCCUCGC